AUGUCACAAUCAAAGGAACUUGGGACGCUAGUUGUCGUCGUCCUCAAGGCUCGUCAUCUGCACCAACCUUCUUUCUACAAGCAGGACCCAUAUGCGCAAGUGACCCUUUCUGGUCAGAGUCAGCAAACCAAGCCAGAUCCCAAGGGCGGACAGCAUCCUGUGUGGGAUGAGGAGUUCCGUUUUCCGGUUCUCGCCGAUUCUGGCAAGGACAAAGUGAACAGAAAGAUGGAGGUAUCUUGCUGGAAGGAUGAAGUACGAAGCGAGGAUAAGCUCUUGGGCAAAGGCGUUGUCGAUAUCGAAUCUACUUUGAAGACGGGCGAAUUUGAUGACUGGGUUCCGCUCGAAACAUCAGGAGGAGCGAGGGGCGAGUUAUAUCUUGAGAUGACAUUCUACGCAAAUGCACCACCUCCUCUCAAUCGUCGUGCAACGAAACUCAGACCCUCAGACCGUCUUGCACGGCCG